GUCAGCAGGCGACCGCGGCGAUCUUGAGAGAGAGAAAAAAAAACAUACUCUUAAUUAGAAAACCGAAGCGAAACACGCGAAACCGAGAGUGAACGGAACAGGCCGCCGAAGGACCGAAACGAGCCUCCCAUUCUCGAAGGCUGAGCCCUGCCUGGACAGUCGCGCCCGCUCGCCCCCCCCCCCUCCUCGGCAAGAUGGCAACCACCUUAGAGCAGCAAGUGAGUGGCCUCAAGAUCGACGACAAGGCCAGCCUCAAGGAGAAGGCCGACCCUCCGAACGGCACCAAGGAGAACGGUAAGGAGGAGGAGGCCAAGGAAGACCCCGACGACGUGGCCAUCCUCACCAACAUCCUGGAGAGCGACAAGUUCCUGUGCUGCCUCGGCGAGCAGUGCAUGGUCGGGGACCCCGCCAAGAAGGAAGGCAACAAGAAGAUGGAAUACAAGGCCCGGCAGUGGCACGAGAAAUGCUUCUGCUGCUGCGUGUGCAAGACGCCCAUCGGGACCAAGAGCUUCAUCCCCAGGGACCAGGAGAUCUACUGCGCCGCCUGCUACGAGGACAAGUUCGCCACCCGAUGCGUCAAGUGCAACAAGAUCAUCACCUCUGGCGGUGUGACUUAUAAGAACGAGCCCUGGCAUCGGGAGUGCUUCACCUGCACCAACUGCAGCACCUCCCUGGCCGGCCAGCGCUUCACCUCCAGGGAUGACAAGCCCUACUGCGCGGACUGCUUCGGGGAGCUCUUCGCCAAGCGCUGCACCGCCUGCACCAAGCCCAUCACAGGCAUUGGUGGCACUCGCUUCAUCUCCUUCGAGGAUAGGCACUGGCACAACGACUGCUUCAUCUGCGCCGUGUGCAAAGGGUCCCUGGUGGGCAAGGGCUUCAUCACAGACGGCGCCGACAUCCUCUGUCCGGAGUGCGCCAAGCAGAAGCUGAUGUAAACGUACUUCAGAGUUGCCUGCGUCCUGGAACAACUCUCCUCUCUCUUCGAAACAUUUAUUUCCAAACGACACAACCAUAUCUCGUGUUUAUAUUGUUUGUUUUCUGGAAAUGAAGAUUUUUUUUUUUAUUAUUUUGUGGGUUCACUGGUUUAUAAUAUUUACUUUGUUUACGAGUACUUAACGAUGUUUGCUCGGGCGACACUGAAAUCAAGUGCCUAAAUUUUUAAUUCAUGUUGCCCGAGACUUGAAACAUCACUUGUGAAUCUAAAGUACACUAAAAUAGUAAUAAACUAAUUACGAAUGGGGAAAAAUUGGUGAUGUUUCACACUUCUAAUGUGCAUGCCUUCGACCUAUGGACUUUUCCCCUUUUCUCUAUUUAGUAUGCUUAGGAGAGAUAAGUUUAAAAAAAGCUUAAAGAUAUUCGAAUCGUCCCACAUCAAUGUUGUUUUAUAUAUCAUGACGUUAUCAAGGUAACUAGAUAGAAAACUGUUUAGUUUCCUUCCCUUUAGAUUCAUGCAGUAUAAGACGUAUAUUUUGGUGAUGUGAAAUUCUAGGACAGCAAAGUUACUACGCUAUACUUGAAGUCCGUGGAAUACGAGUGAUCCCCAGAAACAACGUUUUAUAAGAGCUUUUCCUAGGCACAUGGAUGGAGGAUCCAAUGUACAGUGUAAAGUAUAAAGAAAAAGAAGUAAAUUCCAGUGUUUCAUCCUGUUGUCACUUUUGGAACAAGAUUAAGACCAAAACGCAACUCACGGGGAAAAUCAGAAAGGAGGCAAAGAAAUAUCAAUAUUGUGGAUUUAUCAUUAAGCAGGAAGUAACCAUGUUGCCUUAAAUACUGCUGGAAUUCCCUGGAAUGGUUGUCACUGCCAUUAUUUCGACUUUGUUUAACACUGAUUUUUUUUCUAUCUCUUAACAAUAACUCUGUGAAUGCAUAAACAAAAUAUUGAUUAUUUAUUUCACGAGGGUGUUCAAAAGAAUCUUCAUGCAAAACAUGAAAACGAAUAAAUAAAUUGAGUGAUAUCAAUAUGACAAUGACAUUCGUUCACAUCCACUCUCAGUGAGUUCCGUCAUUUUGAAAUCCACAAUUCAAGAUGGUGCUUGAGCUCGUUUGCACAAUUAUUUAUAUAAAAUAUAUAUAUUAUUAAAAACGUGGGCCGGCAGAGACCCACACUCGUCACAAAAACCCAUAUAUAGAUACCCACUGUGUGCAGAAACCCCAGCGCAGAUUUUGCAUCACGUUAGGCAACCCAUGUUUUCUUUUGUAUGAAAAUCAGAACUUUGGGACAUAUUCCUAGCCUAUCUAUCUAUACAGGGUGUAAAAAAAAAAAAAGAUAAAUGGGUUUAUUUUUCUUCCAAUUCACUGUAUUCUACUUUUUUGUAUUUUUUGUUGCUUUUAAUUUUUCUUAUGAUGAAUUAUGACCUAACUUGGGCUGGACUGUAGAUUUGUAGAGAAGUGACCUUAUGUUGGCCGUGUUCUGAUCCUUGACUAGAGAGUGCCAUACCUAAGGAGGUGGAGUGGCAAGGAUUCGAACACAAUGCUGCCUUAAUAGCAUUAUUCUAACUUAAUACUGUAGUAUAUUCUUGCAUAGAUUUAUUCUUGACAGUUAUGCUUAGACUAUAGUUGCAAUAGCUCUGUUUACUAAGUAUUUUCUGAAUGUUAGUAACGAUUUUUUUGGCAUUCUUUGCUGGAUCUCACGAAGGGAAUGCGAGGCCAGGGACGAACACCUGCUUGGUUUGCAUUCACUGACAGAUGACUCAACAUUCACUACCAAAAUGUAUUUUACAAUUAUUCUUAAAAUACUUUGGAAAUCGGGGCGCUAAGAACAAAAAAAAAUAUGUUGUUCUUUAUCCUUUAUAAGCUGAAUUAUAAUUAUGUAUAUAAUGAAAUAAAUAUACCUAGCUUGCUUAAUAACAAAAGUAUCACAUGUCAAGCAUCUGAUGUGUGGUAAUAAUACAACACUGCUCUGUCGCUGUGCGAUUCUCUUCAGUAUCCCCCGUUUUAUUUGCAGUUUUCUUUCUUUUUCUCUCUCUCGCAUAAUGCUUCGUACAGAUUCCCCCCUACAGUUUCAUUAAAUUAUUACGAUCCUGCCAGUUAUGGAAUGUUCAGCUCUUAUAUCUUUUAAUACUUUGAUGUUGCUAAAUUCUUCUCUCUUUAUAGAAUUGCCUGUUUUAUUCCAUUAUUCAGUGGAGAAAUAUAAGAUGUAUAUUCAGUAACGAUGAAUACCAAUUGAUCGAACUACAAUGACCGCGAAAUCAUGUUAGUGUGUCUGACCGCUGCGAAGUCGUGUAGACCAGUUCUCAAUAGUUCUUAUCAACCUGUAAUCAAUCUCUUUGCCUGUUUGUAAUUGAAAUAUAUCAUUAUCGUCAGUGCCUCCACUUUAAGCAUGUGAAUUUUCAUCUAGAACCAUGAUAUAUUGGUAAAAAUUACUUCGACCUGAUUGUAAACACAAAAGCCUUUGAAGGGUCAAAGGGUCCCUGACUAUGCAAAAAAAAGCGUAAUUCCUAGUUUUUUCAAUAAAGGAAAGAGAUAACUCUAUAUGCAAUACAAACCUCUAAAAUGGAAUGAAUGAAAGAGCAUUGACAAAAGUGAACUGUUUCGCACAUUUAGAAAUAGAACGAUGCCACACGUGCUUGACAAGUUAAAGUUUCGUCCAUAUACUGGUAGGAGAAGCUGGAUAGUCUCAGAGCCCUCAAUUGUCACUUAGAAAAAAAUAAAAUUGUACAUUAUUCUCUUAAAUCACUUUGCAUACGUGAUGAAGCCAACAAUUAAUGGACAUUAGUCAAGUCAUUGGUGAUUUUUUUUUCUUUUUUUCCCCCCAACGAAAUACCACGUGACACCUACGAUUACGCACCAGAUUGUCGUCUAAUGUACCAAAUUUGGAGUUGCAGACCCCCCCUUUGUAAUAUAUCUUGUGGAGUGAGCUGUGAGAAUGGUGCUAUAUGUGUGAGCUUUGUGUUGAACCUGAUAUUGUUGGUGCACAAUUAUACUAAUGCUGAUGUAACCGAGUCUCUAUAAUAAAUGUGUUACAGUAUAAA